GGUUUCAAUAUCCAUUUAUCGUCAAGCAGUCUCUCCCGAUCUUCAACAAUUAGAAGUUUCGAAACUGGAAACCCACAAUUAAAUCAAACCCUAAGAUGGAUCUCCUCCAACAAGAACUCCUGAAGAAACGCCAGUCUCUAGUCGAAGACACCGGCGGAAAACGUUUCUUCAAGCGCUCCGAAAUCGAGCAGAAACAAAUCCAAAAGCUACGCGAAGAGGAAAAACGUGAACAAGAAGCCAAACUCCUCCGCCAAAAAGCCGCCACCUCCACUCCUAACGCCGCUGCAACUAAGUCCAACAAUCUCUCCACCUCCACGAUCACCUCCUCAACCAAUACGACGACCUCAGCGGCUACCACUUCCAAAUCCCUGACCAACGAGCAAAACAUCGAUAACCUCGUUUUGCCGAAACAAGAAGUCAUUCGGAGGCUACGGUUACUGAAACAACCGAUCACCCUCUUCGGAGAAGACGACAACGCACGGCUCGAGCGGUUGAAAUACGUUUUAAAAGCUGGACUCUUUGAGGUGGAUAGUGACAUGACUGAAGGACAAACAAACGAUUUCCUACGUGAUAUUGUGGAGUUAAGAAAGCGCCAGAAGACUGGGAUUUUGAGCGAGAGGAAGAGGAAAGAUAGGGAAGAGGGGAAAGAGGAUGGAGAAGGAGGUGGAGAUGAGGAGUUGAGUGGUGAUGGCGGUUCGAGUGGGGUUGAUAUGGAUAAAGAUUUGAAGAGAAUGAAAACUAAUUUUGAUGAGCUGUGUGAGGAGGAUAAGAUUCUUGUGUUUUUUAAGAGGUUGUUGAAUGAGUGGAAUCAGGAGUUGGAUGAAAUGCCUGAUGCUGAGAAAAGGACAGCUAAAGGGAAGUCUAUGGUGGCUACUUUCAAGCAAUGCGCGAGGUACUUGAAUCCUUUGUUCAAGUUUUGCAGAAAGAAGGUUCUUCCAGAUGACAUCCGUCAAGCAUUAAUGAUUGUGGUUGAUUGCUGCUUGAAGCGGGACUACCUAGCUGCAAUGGACCAUUACAUUAAGCUGGCAAUUGGAAAUGCACCGUGGCCUAUUGGUGUGACCAUGGUUGGUAUCCAUGAACGUUCAGCCCGUGAGAAAAUUUACACCAACAGUGUGGCCCAUAUCAUGAAUGAUGAGACAACUCGCAAGUACCUCCAAUCAGUGAAGAGAUUGAUGACUUUUUGUCAACGGCGCUACCCAACAAUGCCUUCAAAAGCAGUUGAAUUCAACAGCCUGGCUAAUGGCAGUGACUUACAGUCUCUACUGGCAGAAGGAGUUCAACAACCCUCGGGGGAAAGGUUGCAAAUAAUGCCCGCCCCAAGGGACUAGGCAUUAAUCAUGUAAUAAUCUUUAUAUUUCUUCCUAACACAAUCAACUGUCUCCAUUUCGGCAUGAAUGAUAAAUCUAUAUCGAUUUGACCCUGUGUUAUUAUUGUUUCAUUCUCAGCUCGAGUAGAAACUAUUUUGUAACAAACGAGCGGCUUGAUGAAAUCGUUGUGAACUUUACAGCAAAA